AGAUAAAAUCUGUGGAAGUAGCAGAGGAGAGAGAGAGAGAGGCGGGGAAGAAAACGACGACGAUGAUGGAGGGAGUGAAGAUAUGGAGUCAAUCAUCGCAACAGUUGAAGCAAAUCCUGCAGCUGAACUUGAAUUCUAAUUUGUGGUUGUUUCCGCGGUGGAAACCCCGACGUUUUGUGAGCUGCGCCUCCAGUACCACCAGCCGCAAACAGUCGCCAUCUUCUACCUCCGACAAGGAAGCCGUGCGCUCACUCCGCAUUAAAAAGGUAGAAGAAUUGAGGAGCAAAGGGUGCGAGCCUUACGCCUACAAAUGGGAUAGGAGUCAUUCAGCAAGCCAACUUCAGCUUGAUUAUGAGCAUCUUUCCAGUGGCGAGGAGGCUGCUCAUGAUUACGUCUCUGUCGCCGGCAGAAUUAUGGGCCGCCGUGCUUUUGGGAAGCUCGCCUUUCUCACAUUGCGUGAUGAUUCCGGAACUAUCCAGCUUUACUGUGAAAAGGAUAAGCUUUCUCAACUUGAGUUUGAUCGUUUAAAAUCACUUGUUGAUAUUGGCGAUAUACUUGGUGCAACUGGCACCUUGAAAAGAACUGAAAAAGGGGAGCUCUCUGUUCGUGUCACCUCAUUUGCUAUCCUUACAAAAUCUUUGCUUCCACUGCCAGACAAAUACCAUGGCCUCACGGAUGUGGAUAAGCGCUACCGUCAACGGUAUGUUGACAUGAUUGCAAAUCCUGAAGUUGCCGAUGUUUUUAGAAAGAGAGCAAAGAUCAUCUCAGAGAUUCGGAAGACUGUGGAAUCAUUGGGCUUUGUUGAAGUUGAAACUCCAGUACUACAGGGAGCAGCUGGUGGAGCAGAGGCAAGACCGUUUGUUACAUUCCAUAAUUCACUGGAAAGGGAUUUAUAUCUGAGAAUAGCUACCGAACUUCACUUGAAGAGGAUGCUGGUUGGGGGCUUUGAAAAGGUGUAUGAAAUUGGAAGAAUAUUCAGAAAUGAAGGUCUUUCGACGCGUCACAAUCCCGAAUUCACCACUAUAGAGUUGUAUGAAGCAUAUUCAGACUAUGAUAGCAUGAUGGUCAUGGUAGAAGAAAUCGUUACCCGAUGUGCUCUUGUAGCCCAAGGAAAGCUUACGAUAGAGUAUCAGGGAACAACUAUAUCUUUAGAACGGCCUUGGAGGAGGGAGACCAUGCACAAUCUUGUUAAAGAAGCCUCUGGAAUUGACUUUAACAUGUUUGAUGAUGAACUUGAAGCUGCUAAGGAAAUUACUAUGAAAACACUUGGAAGCAACCUUGAGGAAAAGGACAAAUUUGCUAUAGAUAAGUGUCCGUCAGUUGGUCAUGUUCUUAAUGAGGUCUUUGAGAUAGUUGUGGAACCAAAGCUCCUCCAACCUACAUUUGUUCUAGAUUAUCCCAUUGAAGUAUCUCCUUUAGCUAAACCACACAGAAGCUCUGUUGGUCUGACUGAGAGAUUUGAACUGUUCAUCUGUGGCCGGGAGCUAGCAAAUGCAUUCUCUGAAUUAACAGAUCCUAUGGAUCAGAGGUUACGCCUAGAAGAGCAAGUGAGGCAGCACAAUAAGAAGAAGCAAUUGGAGGCAGGUCACAAGGGUGAUAAAAGUGAAGAUAACUCCUAUGAGGUGGCUCUUGAUGAGGAUUUUCUGACGGCGCUAGAAUAUGGAAUGCCUCCAGCUUCUGGGAUGGGAUUAGGAAUUGAUAGGCUGGUGAUGCUAUUAACCAACUCUGCCAGCAUUCGGGAUGUUAUUGCUUUCCCUGUCCUCAAGGUUCAGAAUUAAUAAAGAAGUGAGAUUUGAAUAUGAACUGGAGCUGGAACCAACGUGUCUGUCAUGUCAUAUUAAGGAUUACCCGUCUGAACAUCAAGUGCUUGUUCAUGGGUAGCUGCUUCUGGCUUAGCUGAGUUUUGUGUCUUGAGAAAAAUUUAUUUGUCACAUGAAUAAGAUUUUGUAAUUUGAGGAAAAUUUUGGAUGUACCUUUCUUUAAAUUUAGAAAUUGUCUCUGCCAAAAAAAAAAAAAAAAAAAAAAAAAAUAGAAAUGGUCAAGUUCAAUCACGAACUUGAGGAAAAUAUUGGAUGUAUCACUCUUUAGUGAAAUAGAAGGGAUCUGUUGUACAAAAUGUGUUUGAUAGUACGUGAAUUGAAUUAUAUGACAAGGAGUUGCAAAGAUUAAUCUGUUAUUUUGGGAUAUGUUAACGUUGCCUUCAUUUUA